ACCAAGCUGGAGAUGGCCAUCAUCGCGAUCUGCGCUUUGUACCUUCACUCCUGCAAAAGCGCCAUCAGAAGAUCCCUGUCCCCUUCGAAGCCGCGAGAAUGGGCUCCAGACACUUACAAAAGGAUCCAAGCGGAGGAGGUCCUUGAACCCGAGCAGGAGGCGUCCAUGAAGAAAAUCCUUCAGUGGAACUACUACAACUUCAAGCUGGAGGAGGGCCACGAGCCGUUCGUGAAGCAGGGCUGCCGCUACACCAACUGCGUGUUCACGAAGGACCGCAACCGCUACCCGCUGUCGCAGCUGGACGCCGUCCUGUGGCACGCCAACGCGGCCGACAGCAGCUUCCCGGAUCAGAGCAACAGGUCCCCCCAUACCCGCUACGUCAUCGUCACCCACGAAGCCUCCUACCACAUCCGGGGCAUCAAGUCGGGGAGCCUCUCCAGCUACAACGGCGUCUUCAAUUGGACUCUGCACUACCGCAACGACGCCGAUAUCUACGCGCCCUACGGCAUGUACGAGAGCCUCGGCGAGAGGAAGAUCGGGAGGCCGACCGCCGUCAUGAGGAACAAGACGAGACUCAUCGCUUGGUUCGUCUCCGAUUGCAACUCCAUGAGCGGCAGGGAGGAACUGGUGAAGCAACUGCAGAAGCACGUUACAGUGGACAUUUACGGGGCGUGUGGGACUCUCACGUGCAUCCGGGGCCAGUCUGACUGCGAGGGCAUGUUGGAGAAGAAGUACUACUUCUACCUCGCCCUCGAGAACUCCCUUUGCGAGGACUACAUCACCGAGAAGCUUUACUAUACCUUGAGGAACUACGUGGUGCCCGUGGUGUGGGGUCUGGGCAACUACGUCAAGAACGCCCCCCCGCAUUCAGUCAUCAACGCCUUGGCCUUCCCCAACGUGACGGCUCUUGCCAACUACCUCAUCUACUUGAAGAAUAACCACACGGCUUAUUACGAAUAUUUCUUAUGGAAGCGAAAAUACAAGCCGGUCAUUCGCGGAGACAUCCUGAGGAACGCCAUGUGUGACAUCUGCGAACGCCUCCACACUGACAACACCACGAAGGUCUACAAGGACAUCCACUGGUGGUUCUCCCCCGAGAGACAGUGCCUGACCAUCGAAAACCCCAAAAUUGCGGCGUUUUUAGGCCGGCAAAACGCUGCUUGACUUCAUCUUUUUCGGUCAUUUCUAACCCCGCGGUCGCCUGGCCUUUUUUCCUUGGUGUUGGAGAUUCUUCUCCGGUUUUGCCAAGCUUCUUUCUGGGGUUGGCAAGCCUUUUCUUUCUAGGGCUGGCAAGCCAAGCCUGUGCCUUGGAUUAGAUUAUCAUUAUAGGAGCUUUCAUGUGUAUACAGUUUUGGUCUUGAUUAGUAAAACAUAAUUAUAAA